AUGAAUGGUAAGUCUCCGGAAAAGUUCUUUUUCCGUGAGAAGCGGCACCUGUGGCCGGCCCGCAAAUGCAGAUAUGGGUUGCGCAAUCGCCGGACGCAAGGUGGUUGAUCGGAAAGAACUGUAACGAAUAUUAAGAAGCGUGUGUGGUAACGGAAUCCGCUGCUGGGGUCUUCUGGUUGCCAUCUUCUUUCAUCCUCGCCGCAUCCGGCGAGAUUAUUCGGAUGUCACUUGGAGACGAUAGAAUGAGAAGAGUUUAUGGAUUAGUUCAAAGUCCUUUGGGCUAG